AUGUCUCAACUCAAAAUCCUCAUCUGUGGCGCCGGCAUCACAGGAAACGCCCUUGCAUUCCAACUCUCCAAGCUCGGACACUCCAUUACUGUGAUUGAACGCUUUCCUGAUCUCCGGUCAUCAGGGCUCCAAGUCGACCUUCGCGGCCCCGGCCUUCAAGCCCUCCGACGGAUGGGUAUCGAGAAAGCCUUUCGCCCUCAUUUAGUUCCCGAGCAAGGCUUCGAGCUUGUUGAUCGAAAGGGCAAACAAUGGGGAUAUUUCCCGGUCAACAAGUCUGGCAAGGGAUUGCAGAGUCUUUCGACAGAUUUCGAGAUCAUGAGGGGUGAUCUAUGUCAGAUCCUCUAUGAUUCCACUAAGGAGCGGGCUGAGUACCGGUUCGGGAUGUUUGUGAAGGAAAUUUCUCAGGAUGAGAAAUACGCAGAAGUCCUUUUGUCUGAUGGUAGUCGCGAGCGGUUUGACCUCGUUGUUGGUGCGGAUGGCGCCGGCUCUCACACUCGGAAGAUGAUCCUUGACAAAGGGGAGGCAGAUCCAUUUCAUCCUCUCGGUGUAUGUGCGGGUUACUUUACUAUCAAACAGCCUGCUAAGCCCGGCGAGGGAUAUAAUGCCACUGGAUUCAUUGCACCGGGAAAACGUGGUAUCAUGACUCGUCGAAGUGAUCCUGACAAGUACCAAGCCUACAUGUUCUGUAAGCCCAAUGCAUCGGAACAUCUCAAGAACGCCAGGAAGGGCAACAUCCAAGACGAAAAGGAAGGGAUUGCAGAAGUUUUUCGCGAUGCUGGAUGGCGGACAGAAGAGAUCCUCAAGGGUCUGGCUGACUCCAAGGACUUCUAUUGUGAGCGCUUGGGCGUCGUCACCAUGGAUCAUUGGUCUCGGGGCCGUGUUGUGCUGGUGGGAGAUGCGGGUUACUGCCCAAGUGCUAUGACGGGCAUGGGCACAACCUGCGGCGUGACUGGUGCCUACAUCCUGGCUGGCGAGAUUGGGAAACAUUGUGACUCGGAUGGCUCCAUGGACAACAUCACGGCUGCUUUGACGCAAUAUGAAGGAAAAUUGCGUCCAUUCAUCAAUACCGUCCAAAGCGGAUUGGCGGAAACCAAGGGAGACUACUUUGGUAAACUUCCGUCGUCGAAGAUGGGGAUUCAGAUGAUCUAUAUUCUCUUCUGGGUUGCCUCAGCUCUGAGGCUAGAUGUUAUUGCAACGUGGUUUUUGCGCGAAGAUACCAAAGGUUGGAAACUUCCAGAGUAUAUGGAGACGGAUUGUGCUUCGGAGUAA